AGCGAGAGAUACGGAUCAAGUGGUUUACCGGUAUUGUAAAAGGUACAUGUUAGAGCCUAAGGUAUUCAUGGUUGACCAGCUGUGGCUCUGGGUUAUUGGAAAAGAUCUUAUCAUUACGUGCUUCCCCCAACGCUGGGAUCAGCCGAAGCAAGAUCCUUUAAAUGUUUUGGAUGGGAUUAUAGAAGAGACUAAUGCUAAGACCCGACCGCCAGUUGGAUCUGUGUGUAUGUUAUCAUGUCGUUCUCUUGUAUUUCUUAUACAAUCAACAUGAUUUAGCAAUGCUUAUAACCAGUCGUUGUUCCGGAACAUUUGACCGGCACCGGCUUGACGAUCAGGACUUUCAAUUUUUGGACAUGUUUGAGAACUCUAUCGGUGUCGUCACGGAUCGAGAAAGCCAGCUGUUCAGUCGCUUUAAUCGGGCCUCGGCACAAUCGGCGCGGUGGCUUCAAUAUCAUCGACGGCAACAUAGCAUUGGGCGGCCGGCUCGUCUGUCUUCGUUCGGAACGCCGGAUCCGUACGAAGAGAACGGUGCAGACCAGUUCCCGGACGCGCUGCUCGAUAUCGGCAUCGAGACGUCGCUGUUGGCCGAAAUCAAGGACAUCCGCGACGAGCUAAGCAUCAUCACCGUGCUCCUGGACUCGCAGGUAGCCGCACUCGCCGACUUCGAGGACCAGGUAACGGAGGAGUUGCGCUCCGAUGGUCCUAACCGCCGCGCCACCGACAACGCCGUCGCUGAGAUCCGCAAGCGCAGCCGGGAACAGCUGCGGGGCCUCGAGGUAAGGCAAAAGGAUAUCUGGCGCAUGGACCAGCAGGCCGCUUCGCUCUACGAUAACCUUACAGACCUGCUCGACCUCAAGCAGAAGCACUCGAACGCGCUCGAGGCCAGGUUUGCGGGUGAUCAGGCGGUCAUCGCGGCGAAGCAGGGGCAGACUAUCAUGGUAUUUACGAUCGUUACCAUCAUCUUCCUGCCCAUGAGUUUCAUCGCCACAUUCUUCGCCAUCAACCUCCAGGAAUGGCAGGAAGACACCCUGCUGACAAUCCCGUACGUGAGCAAGUACUUGUUUGGGAUUGGCCUAGGCGUCAGUGUGCCGCUAAUCGCCAUGGCGUUCACGGUCACGGAUAUCUCGGACGCAGCGAAGGAUAUCUUUAGCGCGGGAAAGAAAUGGCUAGGAGGGAGAAAGAAGCGGCUCCCUAUAGGAGAGGAGAAACGCGACGAGCACGUGGACCCGGAACACGAGAUAUAUGUCCCGCCGACAAGUUCGGUAUCGCUAUCGCACCGCGAGCGUGCUGGACUGGGUAAGGAAGUACAGACGGAUGGACUAUCUGCAAGGACGAGGCCGAGGCAUAGUCGCGAGCGUAGCGAUGACUACGGAUACUACGCUGCGGCAAGAUUGUCGCCCGUAUCGGGACGGCGCGGAUCCGCCGCUCCGCGAAAGGUUAGCUUCGGCGACGCGAACGGAAACGGUCAUGCGACGGGGGGUCCGUGGACACGGCCUAGUCUUGAUCGUAGCCGUGGGAGGAGGCCGAGCGAGGACUUGGAGAAGGGGCGGUACGCGUAUGGAUGAGUGAUGAGACGCGAUGUGAAAAUUGAAUAUGAACACGAAUAUGCCGCUUAUACAGUGCGGUUACGAAUCGAAUCAGCGGUAAGAUGGGUGAAGUUUGGAAAGUUAUGAUACCUUAUACCCCAGUAGAAUUCCGGGUCGUGGAUGAAAUUUCAGAAGAUGAUGAUCA